AUACAGUUUGUUUUGAACUUCCCAUUAAUACAACAAUGUUCCGCUUGGUUUUACUUUGUUGCCUGCUGGCUCUUGCUCAAAGUGCUAGGCUCUUGAAAAAACCUAUGAUUGAUGGACGUAUUGUGGGUGGUCAUCAAAUCGAUAUUGCUGAUGCACCACAUCAAAUAUCCUUGCAACGUUACAACAGCCACUCAUGUGGAGGAUCGUUGAUUAAGAAGAACAUUGUCUUAACAGCAGCUCAUUGUACAAGCGGAGCAAGUGCUUCCUCACUCAAAGUUCGAAUUGGUUCAUCCUUGUAUGCCAGUGGUGGUGUUUUAGUUGCCGUGAAGAAAGUGACAGUCCAUCCCAAAUACAAUCCUUCGACCAUUGAUUACGAUUUCUCAAUUUUGGAAUUGGAAGACUACAAAACCAAAGGAUUGACUUCGGGAAAUGCUAAGUUACCUAAAGCUGGAGAAGAUGUUGCCGAUGGAACUUUGUUGCAAGUGACCGGAUGGGGAAAUACCCAGAAUUCACAAGAAUCCCGUUUGCAUUUACGUGCAGCUUCAGUUCCUAAAACCAAUCAAGAAAAAUGCAAUUCUUCCUAUGCCCGUUAUGGCGGUGUUACUGAUCGUAUGCUUUGUGCUGGUCUCGAAAAAGGUGGCAAGGAUGCCUGUCAGGGAGAUUCAGGUGGUCCAUUGAUGGAAGGUGAUGUUUUGGUUGGAGUUGUUUCAUGGGGUUAUGGAUGUGCUGUACCUAAUUAUCCUGGUGUUUACUCUCGUGUGUCAUCAGUUCGGGAAUGGAUUACAACUGUCAGCAGUGUUUAAAUAAAACACUAACAACAUAUACAAAAAAAAGAUUGAAAUAAAAUUUUAUUAGUGAGCAAAGUAUAA